AUGGCGGAGAGAAGUUUCUCAGUAAGUGGACCAGUCGUUUGGAAUAGUCUACCAACACUACACAAAUUAAAGAAGAAAAGGUCUGCAAAAUAUUUAAACGCUGGACGGUCAAGAAUACUUCGUUCGGCAAAAGAAACAAAUCCAGAUAAAACAAAAUCAGCGGAAAGUCGUUUUAUUUCCACAUUGCAGCCUCCUAGAACCUAUCCAACUGUUUUACCACCGGUUGAGAUUCCUUCUUAUUUCAAUGUUUUAUCAUCAAGAAAUGAUUUCAGUUUUUCCAUAUUUUCGGACCAGCCUGAAGAAGACAAAGAAUUUGCCAAACAAGAAGAGAAAAGAUUAAAAAGGAAACUAAGCAAGAAUCAAAAACAAGAAAAACCUAAUAAAAAGAGAAACAUAGCCAAUUAUGAAGAUGAUGAUGAUAAUUCAACAUCAACAGAUGACAUAAGCGAUAAGUCUGAUGAGGAAGUAGGGUGUCAGCAAAUACCUUCAGAAUCAAAUUGCAGGAAGCUUUUUCUCAUAACUCUUGGAGUUUCAGAUCCUACUGCUGUACAAGUCACACCUCCAGGAGCUUAUCACAGGGCUCGCUGUAUGACCAAGGGAAUUUAUUGUUUGAAGAUUUUUUGCUUUCGUGAGCUACUGAAGUAA